GCAGCUCCCUUCGUAUACUUGUACGUGUAUACAUACUACGUAUUGAUAUAUAUAUGUUGAUACGUGCACAUGCAUCACGCAGCGAGGAAUUCCUUCGCAGGGACAGACGUACCAGCAUAAAAACGGAAGAAUAUAUUGGAUGGAAAUAAUAGUGUGAGAGAAAGAGGUGGUAGAAGAAGCAGAAAAAAGAAUAUGUAUUGUUUCGAGCAUGGGAAUAAUUGCACCUCUUGGCCGAUAAUCCAGGCCUUUAUCGGCCUUUUAAUCAUCGCUACAUUUGCUCGUCGUUUCGACAUUUCUCUUAAUCCUGUCAACGGGAAUAUCUGUUCGCACUGAAAAAUUGAAGCGCUCGUGACAACGACGAUGCGUUGGGAGAACAAGAGUGGCGGAAGAUCGUAAAAAUAUCCCAGUAACCAAAUCAUUUCGAGCAACAAUCGCGAGUUGGAUCAAUGUUCAAUGUUUUUAUAUUGGAUCAAUGGGAAUUUCAUGAUUCGAUGUUUUCCCUGUGUUUUCCACGCGUGAAAUAAAUCGAAGGGGAGAUAUACACGAGUAACCUGAUGGAUUAACGGGGCCUCGAGGAAGUACGAAAAAGCCCUGUUCGGGAAUCCAAUGUGCCAUAAAUUAAACAAUGUAUGCGUGCGGUAAAAGAUAUCCGUGGGAAUAUCGAGCUGAUACGAAAAUCGAAGAAUAAUCGUUUGUCGUCGCCGAACGGAUUACGCAUAUCGCGAGACACGAGCGCCAUAACAAAUACAUUUAUAACCGCCUAACGAGACCGUCAAUUAACGGCUUGGAGCACUAAUCACGAAACUCGAAACUUCCCAGACCGGAUAUGAACGAAAAAAAUUUCAGCGAAAACGAAAAAACUCAAACUUACCGUAAUAAUAACCAGUUGGAGAAUAAUUGCGCUGUUUUUGACAAAUAAUAAUUAUUUACAAACCGAGGAGAAAGAUAAAAUAAUAACCAAUACCAACGCAACGUAAUUCACGAUUGAUCGAAUAACACGCAUUAAUUAACCCGACGUAAGAGAAGAGAAAGAAGAAAAGAAACGAAUCUAUAAUAAUAACAACAACAACAACAGUAUUCAACCAGCGAGUACACGCGCUUUGAAACAUCGUUGGUCGUUUUGCAGAUACACGAAAAGGAAAGUGGUGAGGAAUUAAAAACGAACGAAACUAAAAAUCAAGCAAUCGAACGACGCUUUUCUCGGUCGCGCCGCGUUGUGUGGAGGCGCGUCAGACAAAUAAAGAAAAAGCAAAGAGGUCGGUAUUUUGGCGCGAAACGAACUCCUCCGCGAGAUCACUUCCGGUGGCGUUGAAUGCCUAUUUUUCCUUUCUCUUCCUCUCUCCAUUUUCCAUUCUUCUUCAAUCGCGAAAGUGAUUAACAUUCAGUUUGAAUUUGUUCUUCGGGUGCGACGAGUAGUCAUGGAUUCGUGAUUAGAGUGAGGAUUGUUCGUACCGUACACCGAGGUGGAAAAGAAGAAGCUGAAGAAAUAUCGAACGAUUUGCGGGCGAAAAGCGCCCUCCCGGGGACCGGAAGUGCGCGGUGGGAGAUACGAAAAGAAAAACGAGCGCUCACCCUCCUCGAAAAAUGUCGACCCAGGCUUAUUACAAGGAAAGACUUGGCUUCGAUCCUGCUGACACAGUCGCCGAACAUCAUCGCGAGCAGCGAUCCCAGCACGGCUACGAAGAAUCCCUCUCCAAGUUCAAAGGUCAGAACGGUGAUAACAGAAACGACAGAAAUGUCACGAGGCUCCUCGGCGAUUCGAUCGCUGAGGAUAAUAACGAUGAUAUUAGUGGAGCCAGUGGUGGCGACGAGGACGAUCGUGAGACCGACACGAGUUCAGGAAUGCGGACUGGCAGCGCUCAGGCUUUCUGGGGCUGUUGGGCCAAAUUCAUCGAGGCACACGAUGAAAGAGACGCCAUCCAGAAAAAGACGUUUACGAAAUGGGUGAACAAGCACUUGAAGAAGCACUGGAAAUACGUCAAGACCUACACGUGUAUCCACGUGUGCGUGGUAGUCAACAAUCAGCCGUGCUGUUCUCCCACCGCAAGCAGACAUGUCGGCGACUUGUUCGAGGACCUGCGGGACGGGCACAAUCUCAUUUCCUUGCUGGAAGUGCUCUCAGGCGAGCAUCUUCCGCGGGAAAGAGGUCGAAUGCGUUUUCACAUGCUGCAAAAUGUCCAGAUGGCACUGGACUUUCUUCGCUACAAGAAAAUCAAGCUCGUCAACAUACGGGCCGAGGAUAUCGUCGACGGUAAUCCGAAGCUCACACUCGGCCUCAUAUGGACCAUCAUUCUCCACUUCCAGAUAUCGGAUAUCAUCGUUGGCCAAGAACCGAACGUGACAGCUCGCGAAGCGUUGCUGAGAUGGGCAAGACGCUCGACCGCUCGUUAUCCAGGAGUCCGAGUCACAGACUUCACCGGCUCUUGGAGAGACGGCUUAGCAUUCAGUGCCCUUUUGCACAGAAAUCGCCCUGAUCUCGUUGAUUGGAGAACAGCGAGGUCGUAUCAGGCGCGUGAACGACUCCAUCAAGUAUUUUACGUCGCCGAGCGCGAGUACGGCGUUACGAGGCUUCUCGAUCCCGAAGAUGUCGAUACCCCCGAACCGGACGAGAAGUCUCUGAUAACGUACAUCUCUUCGCUCUACGACGUAUUCCCGGAGCCACCGCCGAUACAUCCUCUCUACGAUGCCGAAGCCCAACGUCGAUCGGCCGAAUAUCGCGAGCUGGCGAGCUCGAUACAUCUGUGGAUACGUGAGAAAAUAACGUUGAUGCAAGAAAGAGCAUUCGCACCGACACUCAUCGAGAUGAAAAAACUCGCGGCUGACAGCUCGAAAUUCAAGAACGAGGAAGUGCCCCCGCGCUAUCGUGACAAGCAGAGACUCACUCACAUCUUUCGAGACUUGCAAAAGUACUUUGAGGCUGUUGGCGAAGUUGAUAUCGAGCCCGAACUUCACAUUGAUGUUAUAGACAAAAAUUGGAAUCGUUUGCUAAUGCUGCACCAAGAAAGAGAACAAGCCAUUAUUGAUGAGAUCAAACGUCUCGAGAGAUUGCAACGCCUUGCCGAGAAGGUUCAUCGCGAGAUGAAAUCUACUGAUAAUCGUCUUGAGGAACUGGAGAGACGAGUCGAGGACGAGGCACGUCGCCUCGAUCGGCUUCAUCCGCUCGAAGCCAAGCAUGCCGUUGACCUGCUGGAACAGGACAUACGAAAUACUGAAAUACAGAUACAGAAUAUAUUCACCGAUGUUCAUACCCUUACCGAGGGUCGAUACAGUCAAGCUGCCGAACUCCACAAGCGUGUUCAGAAAUUACAUCAACGUUGGGUAGCGCUACGUUCGCUUUUGCACAAGCGUCUGGUGCAGCCGUUAUCGGCAGUUUCAUUCCCGGUUGAGGAGCGCGUCGUCACGAAACAUCGUACGACCGUGCACGAGACGCGUCUUGUCGACACGAAUCCACAUUUCCGGAAUUUGCACGAUUGCAUUGAUUGGUGCAAAAACAAGAUGAAACAACUACAGGAAGCGGAAUACGGUUCCGAUUUGCCGGGAGUACAAAAUGAGCUCGAUCUUCAUCAGCGGGAGCACAAAAAUGUCGAACAGUUUCAUUCCAAAGUUGACAAAUGCGUACACGCCAAGAACAACUUCCAUGGGGAAGAACUUUCCCUCUACAGUCAACAUCUCGUGGCUUUGCAGAAAAUCUAUGCCGAGCUAUUAGCUGUUUCGAACAAGAGGCUCUCCGAUCUCGAUACACUUCAUGAUUUCAUUCAAUCCGCCACUGGAGAACUCGUCUGGCUCAACGCCAAGGAAGAAACUGAAGUCACUCGUGAUUGGAGCGACAAAAAUCUUAAUGUUCAAAGCAUCGAACAAUAUUAUGAGCAAACAUACGGAUCUGGAAUUGAGUCACUUAUGAGCGAUCUGGAGAAACGUGAGAUCCAAUUCUCAGCGGUACAAGAUCGUGGAGAAGCUUUGGUUCUCCAGCAUCAUCCAGCAGCUAAAACGAUCGAAGCCUAUAUGUCAGCAAUGCAAAGUCAAUGGGCCUGGUUAUUGCAAUUGACACUCUGUCUCGAGGUCCAUCUCAAACACGGGACUCACAGUCAACAAUUCUUCAAGGACGUACAUCAAGCCGAACAGUGGAUUUCGAAGAGAGACGAGAUUCUCAACACUGUUUACUCCCAAUCUGAUUUCACCCUCGACGAGGGUGAACGUUUGCUCAAGGGAAUGCAGGAACUGCGAGAGGAAUUGAAUAACUAUGGCGAUCAGGUUCAACGCCUCGUUGAUCAAGCAAAAGACGUUGUGCCGAUGAAACAACGCAGACAACCGGUAACCAGGCCGUUACAAGUCACUUGCAUUUGUAGCUACAAACAGGUCAAUAUGUCAAUCGAGAAAAAUGAGCAGUGCACCCUUUAUGACAAUUCUGGACGCGUCAAAUGGCGCGUUAAAAAUAGUCAGGGAGUGGAAUCACCGGUGCCCGGUGUUUGUUUUGCUCUUCAACCACCGGACAAAGAGGCAUUGGACGCUGCGGAAAGAUUGCGACGUCAGUAUGAUCGAAGCGUUGCACUGUGGCAACGCAAACAAUUGCGAUUACGUCAAAAUAUGAUAUUCGCAACGAUAAAGGUCGUAAAAGGCUGGGACCUGCCGCAGUUCUUGGCGAUGGGCCAGGAUCAACGAACUGCCAUUAGAAAAGCAUUGAACGAGGAUGCCGAUAAGCUUUUAUCUGAGGGUGAUCCGGUAGAUCCGCAAUUGCGUAGAUUGAGGCGAGAAAUGGCGGACGUUAAUCGGUUGUUCGAUGAUUUCGAGAAACGUGCGCGAGCGGAGGAAGAGUCGAAAAAUGCUGGUCGUAUAUUUAACGACCAGGUGUCAAAUCUCCAGCACGCCCUCGAUGAGGCCGAGAGAAUAUUGAAUUCUCGCAUUGCUGCACCCUUGCCACGUGAUCUCGAUAGUCUUGAACAUCUGGUCCUCGAGCACAAGGACUACGAGCAGAAUCUGCAGCGUCUUGCGCCCGAUGUCGAAGAAUUGCAACAAACGUUCCGCGGUAUCACACUGAAAACACCCGCGAUGAGAAACAAGCUUGACAAUGUCAUGACAAAGUGGAAUCAUUUGUGGAACGUGAGCAACUUGUAUAUCGAACGUUUGAAAUGCGUUGAAAUCGUACUUUCUGGUUUGGACGAAAAUACUGCUGCGAUAUCCGAGUUCGAGAUAAAACUCGCUUCCUUCAGCGAACUACCAUCUGACGUUAAGGGUCUGCAAAAUGUACUGGAAGAUCUGAUGAUUCUCCAGAAUGCCAUAGCUCAACAACAACUGUUGAUUGAUCAAUUGAACGAAGAUGCUCACAAUGCUCGUCGUCUCGUUGAAAAAUCGAGGCCCAACCAUCGUGGACCCCACGGAGACAUGGAUCGUCUUGAUGCUGAAGUCAAUCGCUUGAACGCUCGAUGGACCAACAUCUGCGGGCAGCUGGUCGAUCGCUUACGCAGCGCCGAAACGGCGUACAGUCUUGCUCAGCAGUAUCGAAGCUCUUAUCAAAACGAGGUUGAUUUCGUCGACGAGAGUUACGGCAAGCUCGAGAGUGUCGCGCCCCUUCACAACAAAGCGCAGGAGUUCGAAUUUACAAAGAAUUUAUUAAACAACGUUGUUGGACGGGCACCAGCGAUCGAGGCUGUCAACGUUACAGGUGGAAGGUUGAUUCGCGAGGGCAAGAUCUAUGGCCAGCGACUGAGAGCUUUCAAGGAACAACUAGAAGAAGUCUGCCCCUCCCUGGAUGCAUCGGUCAAGAGGCCACGUAGAAAUUCGGUCACCACUGUCGACAACGUUGCGCACGAUCUUGACAUCCUCAACAGACGUUACUCCACACUCGUGACUCUGCUACAGGAACGGGCGAGGACAUUUGCUCAACUUUAUCCGGAUGAUUUGGCUUUACAGCGUGUUCUUCAGGAACAAAGGCCGCUGCGUACUUUCCGUACCGAGUUCAACAUUUACGAAAGCACCACGAGCGAGGAACGUUACACCUCGACAACUACACAUUACACACAAUCGCAAUACUCGAGCGAGCGUCAUGAAUCAUCGCGAACGGUAUCGAGCGAGUUGCAGCAUCAGCAGAAUGUAUCGUCGCGGGAAUCAUCGCCUCUCAAGAGGCCCCACGGGGCCCAUAAUCACGGGGAUUACGUAUCGACGAACGGGGAUAACAAAAAUCGUGAGAUCAGCGAGAUCGAUUAUGCCCGUUCGCCCCGUAAAAUUGCAACGACCACGAGUACGAUGCAAUUUAGCGAAAUUCGUAAUAUGAAAAAGAGCGAUAUAAGUGAAACGAGGGAUAAUAUAAUCGAAUCGAGGGGUAUAGUUGAUCCGAAUACGGGUGACGUAAUAACAGUUGGGGAAGCUAUAAGCCGACGUAUACUGGACGUUAGAACUGGUAGAAUAGCGACGACAACGAGCAACGGUACGGCGAACGAGGGUGGUAAAGGUGGCGAGAGCGUCAGUAUAUCAGAUGCGGCACGCAUGAAUCUCAUUGAUUCCGAACUCGCGAGUCGUUUGUUAGGACCAUGCGGUUUUACCGAGGACGGACGUAGAGUUUCGUUGCUCGAGGCGAUACAGCGUGAAUUAUUGGAUGCUGAGCGUGGCGACGAUAGAGUUAAGGUAACGUACGUCACUGAUACGGUUGGUCACAGCGUUGCCGAUGCGAUAACGAGGGGUUUGUUGGAUCCGGAGACUGGUCUUUAUUUGACGGAAAAUAACGAGAGCAUCACCAUCGAGGAUGCUUAUUCGCGGGGUUAUUUGGUAAGAAUAGAUCGUACGGUUAAGAUUCGUCGGGGUUCGUUGGCACUCGCCGAUGCGGUGUCACAGGGCCUCGUUGAUGAGAGACAGGGCCACGUUAUCGAUCGUAACACCGGUGACAGUUAUUCCCUCGACGUAGCUAUUAAACGAGGCAUCAUCGAUCCGGACGUUCGAGAAAUAGUUGACACGAGAAACGACACAAAAAUAACGGUCCACGAUGCGAUUCGAGAAGGCAUUAUAAAUCCUAAAAUUGGCAAGUACGUUAACGAGAACAUCGAGAAGCUUAGCUUCAAGGAAGCUCGCAGAAGACGACUCAUCGUCAAACCAAUGACGCUCAAAGAUUGUUGCGACCUUGAGAUUAUCGAUGCCAACGGUAGAAUUUCUAGUCCAGCUGGAAAAACGAAAAUCGGUAUUAUCGAAGCGAUCAACAUCGGGGUUUUGGAUUCCGAGAAUGUUAAAUCCGUCACGGAUACUCGAACCGGCGAUUUGUUAACGCUUUCCGAAGCAUUGUCGAGUGGAAUUAUUCAACAUGAUGGCUACUUCCGUGACUUGCUCAACGACGAGCUCAUCACCAUACCUCAAGCCGUUGAUCGUGGCCUCGUCACUUCCGUCGCACAAAAAUCCAUAUUCGAUAUCGACGGUUUCAAAGAUCCCACGAGCGGUGAAUUCGUCAGUUUUAAUCGCGCCCUUCUCAAGGGUCUCGUUAGCCCCAAAAACCGCGGCAGUUUUGUCAUUGACACCGAUACCGGUAAAACCGUUUCGUUUAACGAAGCUAUCGAUCUCGGUAACGCGAGACCCGAAGUUAUGGAAAUGUUGAAUCGCGGCAUCGGCAUUACUUACGAUGGCAGCGAAUUGAGCGUUAUGGAAGCCGUAUUGAAUGACUUUUUGGAUCCGAAGAGCGGGCAACUGUUGAAUCCGAGAACUGGACAACAAGUACCGCUCGAAGAAGCGAUCAAACGUGGCCUCAUUACACCCGACGGUGCUGCAUUACUUGCCAGCUUAUUGAACAUCACGGUAACUACACAAACUGUAACGAAAACCAUCAAGAAAUAUGUCACGAUCACCGCGGACGGCGAGACCGUCACGAGAGAUUACAAAAUUUCGUACAACGAAGCGCUCGAGAGAAAUCUCAUCGACAUAAAAAAUAACGAAUUCCGGGAUCCCGACAGUGGCAAGGUGCUAGACGUUUCUACUGCUAUUAGGGAAGGAUUGUUGGGUCGCGAUAAUGCGCCUUUCGAUCAGACCGAGAGACCAUCGCCCAAGAAAACUCGUGAUAUACCCUCGAAACAAAUGAUCUUUGAAUCAACGCUUUACGCCAGAGUCGGUGAUGAUUUCGAGCGUGAAAAAACCGCUUCUCCGCCCAGAGCUGUAGGUACAACGACCACGAUAAUAACCCACAGUGUUGUACCGAAACAGAACACUGAGACAUCCAUGGACAGGCCUGUUCCCGAGGAAACGAAAAAUAUAACGAAAGUCAGAGUAGAACCCGACCGAUUACGAUUAGAGUCGAAGUCUACCGAUGAAUUCUCUUCUACGAGGGAAACUACUAUCUCGAAUGUAAAAUCUAGCUUUGAAAAGUCGAGGAUAGAUUCCUACGAAUCUGAAAAAACAACUUGUUCCUCUCCGAGGAAAAAAGUAAAACAAGUUCCUGCGGAUAGAAUUCCCAAGCCCGAAGAGCCAGAGCUGCUGAUGGAUCUCGAUUCCGGUACGAAAACUUCCGGGGCCAAUUACACAACGGAAUCAAAGUUGUUUAUUGAUCACGAAUCGACCUCGAUGGAGAAAAGAAUUUUUGAAUUGCCCAGCGAAGGUUGGAUGCUCGGUGAAGCAAUAGAGAAACAAUUUUUUGAUCCCGUCACAGGUCUCUUCGCAAUACCCGACACCGACAGACUCGUUUCUUUCGAGGAAUGCGUUAAAAUCAAAAUCAUUAAUCCUGAUUCAGCGAUCGUCGUUGACCCCAACAACGGACGGAAGGUUUCGCUUCUUCGAAGUUUGGAAAAAAAUAUUCUCGAUUCUACCGGACAUUACCUCACUCCAACAAAAUUAUCGAUGAAAGAGGCGAUCGCUAGGAAUCUCGUGAUCCUCGAACAUACGAGCGUUUCUGUGGAAAAAGCGAAUCCAAGACUGUUACAAAUCACGAGAGUUACAGGUCAACCCGACAGAGUUGAAGUUACCGACGUUAACGAUCCAUCCAGAGCAACGGAAAUUGAAAUUUCCGAAGAAUCAUUUACUUCCGAUCCCGUUCAAGUGACUCAAAGUAUUAUUUAUGAUCCGGCAACAGCAUUGGUCAUUUUUACCGAUACCGGAAAAUCAGCUAACAUUCUGGCAGCCGUAAACGAAGGUACAUUAAAUUCCGAGACCGUAGUUGUGAAAGAUCCGAAAACGGGUCAAGAUUUGACAAUCGUCGAGGCGAUUGAGCGGAAUAUAGUGGAUCGUAAAACCGGCGAUUACACGGACUCGACGGGACGUAAAAUAUCGUUGAUCGACGCUGCGAAAUUCGGCGUCGUUGCAGUUCUAGGCACGCCUCUUGUUGCCGCCGCAGCUGCAGUUGAAGCUGUCAAGAAAGCAAUGGUCAAAGAUCCGAAAACCGGUGAAACGAUACCUCGUGAAGUUGCCAUUGAGCGUGGACUCGUGCAGCCCGAAAUACCUAACAAUUUCGAAACAACAAAGAUGAUCGAUCUUGAAGAUUCCCGAAGAGAAACUUCUACGGUUGAAACUGAGGAAUCGCAAUUAGUUACAAAAAUCAUUACCGACGACUCCAGGGUGAUGAUUAAGAUUCACUCACCUGCUGAAAAUGUCGAAAUUCAGGAGACAACAAAAGAGCAGCCACCGGAAGCAUCGUCGAAAAUUCAAGAUACUGCAAAAUCCGAUGAGCAAACUGUCGCGACGUGUUCAUUGGCUGAAAAAACGCGAAACCGUGUCACUACCGAGCCAAAAUACAAAGUGACGAUAGGACGUGCUCGCUCGGUGUCUCAGAGUCCUGAGAGAGAAGCUCGCCCCAUUGUCUUGCAAAAAAUGCGCAAGAAAAUAGUCAAUCCUCGUGAAGCAUUGGAGUCAGGUAUGAUCGACGAAAAAACUGCACAGACUCUGGAGCAAGUGAUUCCCGAAUCUGACAGGGAAAUUCACGAUGUGAAAGAAAUAAUGAAAGCCAAAAAGAUGGAUCCGGACGAUGGUAGAGUGAAAGAUCCUCAGAGUGGUGAUGUAAUAUCCAUCAGAGAAGCUAUAGAUCGUGGUAUUUUGGAUUCCGAGAGUGCAGACAUACUCGUACCAUUAGCGGCAAGCUUAUCCGUGCCUGGUCUUUACAGGCAGGGUUUGCUCGAUCGUGAAGAGAACAAAGUCAUUCAUCCGGAAACAGGACAACUUUUGAGCUUAAACGAAGCGAUUGUAUGUGAAAUCGUUGAUCCCGCGUCAAAAUUAUCACAGGAAAAUGGGAAUUUGACGAUAUCGCGAGCCAUUGAAAAAGAAGUAAUAGAUGGUGACAGAUCGACGGUUAAAGUUGACGACGUGAGCGUCAAUUUGGUCGAAGCAGUCGAGAAGAACGUUUUCGAACAAGACAAGUCUGCGGACGAUAAUUCUCUUUCACCUUUAGGUAUGACUUUCGCUCUUGCGGUAAAGCGAGGUCUCGUUGAUGCUGAAAAACGGGAAAUAACGCAUCCUAUAACGGGCGAUAAAAUCAGCUUGGAAGGAGCGAUUAAAAGUGAUUUCAUAAUGGCUCUACCACAUCCGUCAACUUCCGACAGCGUCGACUUGAUGAAAGCCAUUGAGGAAGGACUCAUCGAUGAGAAAAUAUCGACCUUUACUCAUCCAAACAGUGGAAAAGUUGUUUCGAUUGCCGAGGCUGUAGAAACUGGUCUCCUCGUUGUCGAAAACGAAAUACAAAGAAAUGUCAAUGUCACUGCUGUCACAGAAACCGUCACUUCUUAUCACACCGUCACGACUAAAACUGUGGCCAUUUUGCCGGGCUAUACUUUGAUCAAUUCCAACCAAGUACAAAACACGAAAACCGGGCAAGUCAUGGACAUUUCCGAGGCCCAAAAACUUGGUAUCGUCAAGGAUGAAUCGGUAACUAAAGAAGAGUUUACAACGAGAGACAAAAAGACAACUUUCAGUGAUGCAAUUGAGAAGAAUUUGCUGGACGUGACUUCGGGAACUUACAAAGAUCCUGCAACUGGUGCUACCAUGUCAAUCAGCGAAGCUAUCGCUGCUGGAAUUCUCGAUACAUCGGGACAAACAGAAAGUGAGCGUCCACCCAUUAUGAACAACGAAUCCAUGACGAUUCUCGAUGCUGUGGAGAAUCUUUACGACGAUAAAACUGAAAAGUUCCAAGAUCCUCGUACCAAAGAAAUGUACAGUCUUGCCGAAGCCAUGGAAAUCGGUCUCGUGGAAUCUGACUCCAUGGUUUACGACGUUAAAACGUCUGAAUUCGUUACCACCAGAGAAGCCGUUGCAAAUGGACUUUUGGAUCCGAAAACAGGAAAGGUGACGAAUGACAGUGGAGCUACGAUGUCCGUUGCGGAUGCAGCCAAACUCGGCCUUCUUGCUGUUGUUGCGGCUCCAAUAUUAGCUGGUAAAUGUGUCGUCGAUGCGAUUAAAAAUCGUAGUCCUGGAGAAAAAAUAGCGACAGCCACAUCUGUUGAAAAAACGACAACGAUUGGUGAGUUGAGUUCAACGAAUCGGCUCGUACCGAACGACGAACACGGAGAGACAAAAAUAAAUGAUAAAAGCACGGAGGCUUUAAAAACUCAGCCAGAAUCUGUACGCCCAGAAACGAACAUGGACAAGAUUCCCAAGGAACAAAGAUUCAUUAAAGAACCGAUAAAACGAGAUGAAAUCGACCUGGUAAACAAGGAAGCUGAAGCAAUUCCACAAGAAUUGAGUUUUGCAACAAAACCAGGUACAGACAUUGCCGAGGUUCCGGAAACUCCGGGAGAAUCGUCAAAUCUUGAAGCGAUGUUUGAGCAAGAUGUAGAACCUUGCAACAUUCAAACGACCCUGGACAACGCGAUAAAAAAUCAGUUGAUUGAGCCAAAAGAAUGUCGAAUACUCGUCGGCGAGCGUGAGUUGCCACACACAAUCGAAGAAUCGUUGGAAAAGGGAGAAAUUUAUCUGAAUGAUAUGAUCGUGAUUCUAAACAGAAAAAUGAUAUGUCUGAUCGAGGAAAGAACGCGAUACAAGAUAACGAUAACGCGCGAGCUUACAGCUGAAAACUUGGCAGAUGAUGGUGCUUACGAUUUGGAAACAGAGAAAUUUGUAGACCCCGAGACCGGUGCAACGGUGUCGUUUCACGAUUUUGUUCUCAAACUCGAGAUUCUCGACCCCGACAACACUUGGGUCAAAGAUUUGUCAAGCAAAAAUGGAGAAUAUGUCGUACUCCGUGAAGCUAUAAACCGUCCGUUAUUGGAUCGAAAUUCCGGCUAUAUGGUCGAUCCCAAAACUGGCAAGAAAAUUCCUUUCUUCGAAGCCAUCCAACUUGGCCUCAUAGUGCAUCGACAACCGGUUAUCGACGAUGAGAGUUUGGCUCUGAGCCUUGAAGAAGCUGUUCAAGCCGGCUUGUGCGAUCCAACGAACGGCAUUCUUCAAGAUCCAAGAUCUGGAGAAACGAUGACACUUCUCAAAGCAGUCGAAGCUGGACUCAUCGACCCGGAAAGCGUUAGCAUAAGAAAUCCUGCGAACGACGAAGUAAUGCCUCUCUACGAGGCUGUUGAUGCUGGAAUCGUUGAUUUGCAACGUGGUGUUAUUAUAAACGUCGACACGAGAACUGAGAUCGACAUCAAAGUCGCUUUCCAACGAGGUCUCGUUGUACCGGGUCUUAGAAAACCGAUAGCUCUCGAAGCGAUGAUAAACAAAGGAUUGUACGAUCGUGAUUCUGGCAAACUUCAAGAUCCACUUACGAAGCAAUACAUCGACGUUGAGGAAGCAGUCAAAAGGGGAAUCGUUGACGCUUUCAUAACCGAGUGCAAAGACACGAAAGCCGGUGCUUUUGUCUCGCUGGAUGAUGCUCUAACGACCAAUCUUGUUAAUCCAAGAAUUGGUCGUUUCCGAGAUGUCAAAGCUGGUGAAUAUUUGCCUCUUGACGUUGCGCUGACGAAACGAUUGAUUUUGACAACUCCAUUCGCUCCCAGUCUCAUCGAUGCCAUUGUCCAAGAAUAUUAUUCACCGAAAUCCGGCCUAGUUCUAAAUCCAAUGACCGGAAACGAGAUAACCGUUAGCCAAGCCGUAGCCGGCGGUUUUGUCGAUGUCAGUAGAACGAGAAUAAAGGACGAAAGACGCGACAGAGUCGUAACUGUUAGAGAAGCGCAAGAAACGAGAUUGAUGGAUUUGGACAGAGGAAUUGUACUUUACCCUCAUACGAUGUCCCUCGACGUAGCUUUUGAGAAGGGUUACAUAAUGAGUACCGCCAAGCCUUGGACUCUCCAACAGGCUUUGGCGCAUCAAAGUUACAAUGGAAAUACCAGGGACUUCGUGAUCGAUGGUGAGCGCCAAUCUCUUGAAGGUGCCAUUUCGAGGGGGUACAUAAGUCUCGAUGGUCCAUCGAUCAAGGAUCCGCGUACCGGCGACGUUAUAACACUCGGUGACGCCAUAAAACACGGUCUCGUCGAUACGAAAAAUGGCACCGCGAUAGAUCCCUCAACCGGUACACAAAUGACGUUGAUCGAUGCCCUCGAUCGCGGGCUCGUUGUCCCAGCCAAACGAAAAAUAUCUCUCCCCGAGGCUGUUUUCAAGGGCUUUUACGAUCCGAAGACUGGACAAUUUACGAGUCUCGAGACUCGCGAGAAAAUCCCGACCGAUCAAGCAAUCAAGGAGGGCGUGAUUGACUCGACAUCGGCAAUCGUCAGACAUUCGAACGGUGAAUUAAUGACUUUUGAUCGUGCCAUAAAAGAAAAAAUUGUUGAUCCCAAGAGCGGAAGGAUUAACAGCGAGAAAGGUAAUCCUGUUGAUUUUCACGAGGCGCUGGAGCAGGGUAUUAUUCUUGAGACACGAAGACCCAUGACCUUUAGCGAAGCCAUUCUCAAAGGCAUACUCGAUCCAAAAACUGGAUUGUUCUUGGAUUGCAAAACCGGAGCUUACAUGACGCUUUCACGUGCCAUAGAGAAAAAUAUCAUCGACGCCGAUUCGGUUUACGUUAAAGACAAAGCAACUGGCUUCUCGCGACGAAUCACUCUUAUGGAAGCUGUUAGAAUGGGUAACGUCGAUGGCGCGAGUGGUCGAGUAAAGGAUUUCACAAGAAAUGAUCUUGAAAUAUCAUUGCACGAAGCCUACGACGUUGGGCUUAUCGUCGAUAACAAAGCUGCGGUUUCGCUGCAACGAGCCAUUCAUCAGGGAUUGUAUGACGAUAAAACAGGCAAAAUUACCGAUCCUAGUAACGGGAGAUCAGUUACUUUACACGAAGCGAUGAGAAAGUGUAUUAUUAGCCCGAAAUUGGCCUGCUACUGGGACAAAAGAGGCGAGAGUCUUCUCUCGUUGGCUGAAACUUGUCGCGCUGGUGUUAUUGAUCGUAGAUCCGGUAUGUUCAAAGAACCUGUAGCGAACUGUCCAAUUCCUCUAUCACUCGCUUUGCAGCUGGGUUUAAUCCUCGAUAUCGAGAGCGCCAAUUUUAGUCUGUACGAAGCGAUCGAGAUGGAGCUUUACGACGUGCCAUCCGGUAAAUUCAUUCACCCUUCGACUAAUCGUAAGUUGACACUGGCAGAUGCUUGUCAGGACGAGCUCGUGAAUCCUCGUUCGUCGAUCGUAAAAAAUACGAAGCUCAACAAAUACGUUGGUUUGGAAGAAGCUAUAGAGGAUGGAAUAAUCGAUGAUACGCGCGGAACUUACAAAAUCAUCGAGCUCGAUCGUGCCAUGGAUUUUUCAGAAGCAAGGAAGAAAGGUUUCAUCGUACCAGCGAAGAGACCUUUGUCGAUCGAGGAAGCUGUAAAAUCAGGUCUCUAUCGUGGCGACAGUGGAAAAUUCGUCGAUCCCUUAGUUAACGAAUUCCACGAUUUGACGCAAGCCCUGGCCUCUGGUCUCGUCGACCAUGAAACGACCGCUCUCAAGGACGCUACGAGCGGACAAAUAAAAUCACUGCAAGAUGGAAUCGACGACGGUACGAUCGACGUGCCAAAGGGUCGUGUACUCGAUCCAAAAACCAAACGCUCUUACAACAUCGACAUUGCACUCGAGCGUGGCUUGUUGGUUACGAUCGACAGACCUCUGACCUCUAAAUCCGGGCACAAGACGCCCACGGAAUUAGAGAAAAAUCCUAAAGGCAAAGGAGUCAGAGACUGCAGCCUAGAAGAGGCAAUUGAGUACGAAUUGGUAGAUCCAAAAACAUGCGUCGUUAAAGACUCGCGAAAUGCUCGUUUCGUAACCCUGGCGAAAGCUCUCGAAGACAAGAUUAUUGAUCCUUCGAUAAGAGCGACGAUAGAGCCGCAAAAUGCGGGCAGCAGCGCAAGAUUCAUCAAAUUCGAAGAUACACAUGUUUACAUCGUCGAGCCGACAAGCUUCGAAAAAGCAGUUGAAAACGGUUGGCUAAAUCUAGAAAACGCGAGAUACACGGACCCGGAAACUAACGAAGUAUUGUCAAUAAAGGAUACCUUUGCUCGUGGUGUAGUGGAUCCAGAUUCGGCGUUGAUAAAAGAUCAACAAAAGAAAAAACUGGUCAAGUUGCCAGAAGCUUUCAGGAAAGGCAUAAUGGAUGGUGAAAAAGGCCACGUUUUGGACACAGCAACCUCGAAAUUGAACAGUCUCGAAAAAGCCGUUGAAAUUGGUCUCUUGAUGACACAAAAACAGGGCUUCUCCUUCAUCGAGGCUUUACAAUUUGGCCUCUACAAUCCAACCACUGGUAGCUUUAGUGAUCCGUUCAAUGUAACCUCGGUGCUAGAACGCAAACGUUUGACACUCCGUGACGCGAUAGAUAACGGUUUGAUCGAUCCUUCGACCACGGUUAUUAAAGAUCCGGUUAACGGUAGAAUAACGAGCUUGCUAGAAGCUCUUAACGAGGGCAGAAUAAAUAACGCGACAGGCAAAUUUAUCGAAGAUCCUGAAGGCAAAGACCUUGACUUCGCGAAGGCACUGGAGCGGGGUUACAUACUCGCCGCUGAAGCUAGGCAAGCUGUUGAGGAGAAGUACAAAUUGUGCGACGAGACACUCACCAAAUUGUUGCAAUGGAUCACCGAUAUCGAGGACAAACUUGCCACGCAAGACGUUGUAAAAGAAGACGUCGAGGAACUCAGAAAUCAAAUCAAUACGAUGAAGCAAGUCAAGGAAGAUCUCGAGUCCCACAACCGACCAGUAUCCUCGUGUCUGGACCAAGUUCGCCAGGUUGUUUUGACCGGAAGCGACGUACUUUCCAGCGACGAAGUAUCCACUCUUGAAAAGAAUGGACGCUCGUUGAAAACGCGCUUUGAUCGGGCGACUGAUCGUACCGAUCGAUUGCUCAGGCGAUUGAUUGGAGCACGAGAUGAACUCAAUAAAUUUAAGAACGAAAUUUCGUCUUUCUCAUCGUGGCUCGACAAAGCUCGUCGUACGCUCGAGGAUAAAGAACGUUCGCUCUCGGAUUUGAACAAAUUGACAAUGAGUACGGAUACGACGCGCGAUUUUAUCAGCGACGUGAUUGCUCACCAAGCUGAUCUCCGUUUCAUUACAAUGGCAGCACAGAAAUUCGUCGACGAAAGCAAAGAGUAUCUUCAGGUAUUGAACGAUUUCCGUACGAGUUUGCCUCAACGUUUGUCACACAAGGAACCCAUCGCCAGCCAAGAUUCGCCGGUACGGAGCGAGGUUACUAUUGUAACGGCUCAGUACAAAGAUUUGCUGGCACGUGCGAACAAUCUUUCCGAUCGUUUGUCCGGAGUCGGUGGAAGGCAACGUGAUUAUCACGAGUCCCUCGAAAAAGCUAGAUCGUGGCUUAAAGAAGUCGAGCCGAAGGUGCAUCGCGUUAUUUCCGAACCGGUGGUUGCUGAGCCGAAGCAACUCGAGGAUCAACUGAGCAAGGCGAAGGCGCUGAACAACGAAUUCGUCGCUAACGAGCGUCUCAUAGAUAACGCCAAGAGCAGUGUUGACGCUCUUCUGCGUUCUCUGGAUGGACAAUUGACGCCAAGCGAAGUAAAUCAACUUGAGGAACCUGUCAGAGCUGUCGAAGACAAAUAUCGACAACUGUCAAAUGCUCUUGCUGAAAAGUGCCAAGAACUUGACACCGCCCUUGUUCAGAGUCAGGGCGUUCAGGAUGCUCUUGAUGGCUUGGUCGCUUGGCUGAACAGUGCUGAGAGUCAAUUCAAAAACCUCCAGAGACCAGCAAGCCUCCAAAAAGAUCGUCUCGAAGAGCAACAGCGAGAGCAAAGGCUGCUCCAAUCGGAUUUGGACAGCCACCGUCCAAGCGUCGAAACAAUAACAGCGAGUGCACAGGAUCUCCUAGUAAAUUCGAGUAACGCUCGUGUAGCUAAACGCAUCGAAAGUAAAUUGAAAGACGUGCAGAGUCGGUACGAAAAACUAAUGGACAAAUCGGUUCGUCGAGGUGAAUUCCUCGAUGAAAUUUCCCAGGCACUCGGUGAUUUUACAACCGAUACGAUUAAAUUCGAUACUUGGUACUCGCACAUGAUCGAUGUUCUUGAAUCGCGUGAAUUCGCUAAACUAGAUGUUUCCGAAUACGAAACGAGAAUGUCGCAAUUGAUCGACAAGCGUGAAGAUCAGCGUGGCAAUUUCGAGGAUCUCGUGCGAAACGGCAAAAAUUUGUUGGCCAAAAAGGACAUCACCGAUGUCGCACAUGUCAGGGACAAAAUCAAAGCACUCGAGACUCAGUGGAAAGAACUGACAAAUCUUCUAGAUGAAAAACAACGAUUGAGCAAAUCACGUGCUGAACAGCUCACCGCUUAUGAAAAAUUACGCGAUCAAGUUGUCGAUUGGCUCACGAGAACCGAGACCAAAGUCACUCGCUUGCUUCCCGUUGCUGUGGAUCUUGAAAUUCUCAAGAGACAAACCGAGGAACUUAAACCCAUUCAUAAGGAAUAUCGCGAUUAUGGCAAUACCGUCGAUAAAGUCAACGAUCUUGGUAUAGUUUAUGACAGUUUGCUCAAAGAACGCGGCGAAAGCCCACCUCGUCGUCGCGGCAGUACCAGCCCCACGAAACGAACCACCGUUACAAGUCCCCUACGCAGAAUGUCACAAGACGGUCGCUCACCUUCCCCCACUAAGUCUUACGCGGUACAAAGUCCAGUCUCUCCAGGUGGCAGCAGCGGAUUCAGCAGCCGUCGUUCCAGCCAGGAUGGUUUCCAUCUCGAGGAAUUGUCACCUGUGCAACAACAACUUUCCGAAAUCAACAAUCGCUAUGGUUUACUCGGAGUUAGAUUGACCGAUCGCCAAACCGAUCUUGACAACAUUCGGGAAGAACUCCGCAAGCAUCUCGAAAACUUGAAAACGCUAUCGCAAUUUUUGGACAAGAUCCAACGACAGUUGCCGAAGGAAACGAUCCCCGUGACAAAAGAGGAAGCGGAUAAGACAACGAAACAGAUAAAGGUAGUGAUCGAAGAAAUGUACGAGAAGCAAUCAUUGUUGGAUAGUACAAGAACUCAAGUUCGUGAUCUUGUGAGACGUAAAAAAGACGGUGAGGGUGUGGAUCGUUUGCACGACGAAAUGGAAGAUGUCGCGAGCCGAUGGAAAUCGAUAAGCGAUCGUUGCAAAGAUCGUAUCAAAUUUUUGGAGGACAUUAAAGAAUUUCAUGAUACGCAUGAAAAUCUCAAUUCGUGGCUUGGAGCAAAAGAAAGAAUGUUGGGCGCUCUCGGACCAAUCUCGUCAGAUCCGCGAAUGGUCGCGAGCCAAGUACAACAGGUACAAGUUUUGCGCGAAGAGUUCAGGACGCAAAAACCACAGCUCGACCAUUUGGUCGAGGUUGGCGAGAGCAUUCUCGUAAGAUUGGCCCCGGAUUCACCUGAUGGACAAAAGAUAAGUAUGAAAUUGAGAAACAUAAUGGAACGAUGGGCCGAUCAAGUUGGGCGUUUGGACGAACGAGCCCAGAGUCUUGGUGAUGCGGUGGAUACAAGUCGCGAAUUCGACGCCAGUCUAAAUCGUUUGCGCGAUGCUCUACAAGCAAUUUCCGACAAUCUCGACGAUCUGCCCCUCGACAAAGAUCCUGAGGAGCAACUUCGUAAAAUUGAGAACCUGGAGAGACAACUCGAAGGACAAAGACCUCUUUUGGCUGAUGCUGAAGCGGCUGGUGCUCAACUUUGCGAAGUCCUCAGUGAUCCUGCAUCAAAAUCGGAAAUUCAGGGCAAACUGACCGCUGUCGGUAAACUCUACAAUAAUCUACAGAAGAAACUGGAUCAUCGCAAAGCUGAAAUCGAAGGCAAUCUACGCGAUGGACGACAGUUUGAGGCUUCCUGCAGCAGAACUCUCGGAUGGCUUGCUGACGAGCUUGGCAACAUGUCUGAAAAAUUACUCGUCUCUGCUGAUCGUGAGAUUCUUCAACAACAAUUGGAUCAUCAUGAGCCGGUAUAUCGUAACGUGAUGGGAAAAGAGCACGAAGUGAUUAUGUUGCUGAACAAAGGUCGCGAUAUUCUCGCUCGUUCUCAAAAAACCGAAAAUCGAACAUUACAACGCGAUCUCGACAAAAUGCAAUCGCAAUGGGAUCGUUUGAAGAAAGACACCGUUGACAGGCAUACGAAGCUUCAGACUUGCGCCGAACAUUGCAAGAAAUAUUACAGAGCUCAAGACUCAUUUUUGCCCUGGUUGCGACAAGCCGAGGACAAACUCGAAAGUCUCAAACCCGCUUCGUUCAAACGCAAAGACAUUGAGAAACAACUUAAAGAAUUGUCCUCGUUCAGAAACGAAGUUUGGAAGCGUUCCGGCGAAUUCGAAAACAACAAAACACUCGGAGAAACUUUCUUGAGCGCUUGUGAUAUCGACAAGGAUGUCGUGAAGAACGAACUUGGCGCUAUGAGAACCAGAUGGGACAAACUGAACAAUGAUCUCUUGGAGAGAACUCAAUCUUUGGAAGACACGGCUCGUCACCUUGCCGAUUUCAAUGAAAAUUUGCGAGAUCUUCAGCACGGUCUGCAGCGAUGCGAGGACAAACUUGCAUCGCAUGAUGCUCUAGGCGGCGCGUCUAAAGAUCCGAAACUUCUCGACAGAAUAAAGAACUUACGAGAGGAAACAGCGGCGCUGAAGAAACCAUUGCAAGCCGUGAGACAGCAAGCAAACGAUCUCGUGAACAAAGCACGCGAGCAAGGCGUAGACGCAACACAUUUGCAGGAUGAGAUUGAAAAUUUGACAGAUCGUAUAAACGAUCUUCAAGCUAAGCUGGAUGAUCGUUGCAGCGAUUUGCAGAGUGCGGCAACUGCUGUGGCUCAGUUUAACGACCAUGCAAAAAGUCUUACUCAGGAUUUGUCGGCGUUGGAGAACGAAUUGGAUUCGAUGAAAGCGCCGGCUCGAGAGAUCAAGGCGGUUCGCGGUCAGAUCGAGGACGUUGGGAAGUUGAUCGCACGUGUCAAUAGAUUGUCCGAAGAAGUUUCCGAUCUCGUCAACGCGGGUGAAAAUCUCGUUGACAGUGGUUUCGCUCCAGAUGCCGUGGCGACAAGAGAUCAAGUGGACGCCUUGAAACGCAACAUCGGCAGACUCGACGAACGGGCUCGAAGUCGCGAUGAGGAGCUGAAUGACACUUUGAAUAAACUGCAAGAAUUCUAUCAAGCCCACGGCAAUGUACUUGAUGAUAUAAAAGACGCGAGUGAACAAGUCCGUCGGUUCAAACCUAUUGGAUCCGAAGUCGAUUCCAUCAAGGCCCAACAGGACGACUUCCGUGCAUUGAAAGCCAAAAAAAUCGAGCCCAUCGCGCACGCUGUCGACGAACUCAAUAUGCUUGGCCAAACACUUGUACAGAGUGCUGCUCGCGACGUUAGCACUACGAAUAUCGAGAAAGAUUUGGACAAAAUGAACGAGAGAUGGAACGAUCUCAAGGAGAGGUUGAACGAACGGGAUCGAAGAUUGGACGUGGGACUGUUGCAAUCCGGUAAGUUCCAAGAGGCUUUAGACGGUUUUGAAAAGUGGCUAGCCGACACAGAAGAAAUGGUAGCUAAUCAAAAGCCUCCAUCGUCGGACUACAAAGUAGUGAAAGCGCAACUGCAAGAGCAAAAGUUUUUGAAGAAGAUGUUGAUGGACCGUCAAAAUUCUAUGUCGUCACUGUAUACGAUGGGCCAAGAAGUAGUCGCAGGUGCGGAUCCAAAAGAGCGUAAAGCAAUAGAGAAACAACUGAACGAUUUGGUCGGACGUUUCGAUAAUUUGACGGAGGGCGCAGCUGAGCGAAUGGAGGCUCUGGAGCAGGCAAUGGCAGUGGCCAGAGAAUUCCAGGAAAAACUCGUGCCCUUGGCUAUUUGGUUGGACAAAACGGAGAAAAAGGUGAAGGACAUGGAAUUGGUGCCGACGGACGAGGAGAAAAUACAACAGCGUGUGACUGAGCACGACGCUCUUCACGAUGAUAUACUAUCGAAGAAACCAGAUUUCAGCGAACUCACGGAAAUCGCUAGUCAGUUAAUGAGUCUCGUUGGUGAAGACGAAGCAGCGACUUUGGCUGACAAGCUGCAAGACGCUGCUGAUCGUUACGCCGCGUUGGUAGAUCGUUCCGAUGCGUUGGGCAAUCUUUUGCAAAGGUCAAGACAGGGUCUUCGUCAUUUGGUAUUGACUUAUCAAGAUCUACAAGCAUGGAUGGAGAGCAUGGAAGUAAGGCUCUCCAAGUAUCGCGUACUCGCAGUGCACACCGAAAAAUUGUUACAGCAAAUGGAAGAUCUUGCUGAUCUUACGGAAGAAGUGUCAGCGCGACAGACCGAAGUCGAUAGUACUGUCGAUUCGGGACUCGAGUUGAUGAAGCAUAUCUCGAGCGACGAGGCUAUAAGAUUGAAGGACAAACUGGAUUCCCUCCAAAGACGUUUCAACGAUCUUGUAACACGUGGCUCUGAUCUUCUCAAACACGCUCAAGAGGCACUGCCGCUCGUGCAACAAUUCCACGACAAUCACAAUCGCCUUAUGGACUGGAUGCAAGGUGCCGAAGCUGCUCUCCAAUCCGCUGAACCACGCGAGGAAGAGAUUAUACGGUUAGAAAUGGAAAUUUCAGAGUAUCGACCUGUACUGGAAAAACUCAAUACAGUCGGUCCCCAAUUGUGUCAAAUUUCACCGGGAGAAGGCGCCGCGACGAUCGAAGGUCUCGUCACACGAGACAAUCGGCGUUUCGACGCAAUCGCCGAACAGAUACAACGCAAAGCCGAAAGAAUCCAACUCAGCAAACAACGCUCACUGGAGGUUAUCGGUGACAUUGACGAUUUGCUCGAUUGGUUCCGCGAAGUCGAUAAUCAAUUGCGGGAGGCUGAACCACCGAGCAGCGAACCUGAAAUUAUCCGUGUACAAUUGAAAGAACACAAAGCCCUGAACGACGAUAUCUCCAGUCAAAAAGGACGCGUUCGCGAUGUCAUUUCGACCGCGAAAAAAGUCAUACGCGAAAAUACCCAUCACGAGGAUACAUCGACGAUAAGAGAUAAAAUGGAAGACCUUCGCGAAACGAUGGAAAUCGUAUCGGGUCUUUCGAGCGACAGGCUAGGCGCUCUCGAGCAAGCGUUGCCAUUGGCUGAACAUCUUCGUGAUACGCACGCUGGUCUCGUCAGUUGGUUGGAAGAGGCUGAACAACAAGUCGCCAUGCUGCCCAUGCCGGCGCUUAGACCCGAUCUCAUCGCCCAUCAGCAGGACAAGAAUGAGCUUUUGAUGCAAAGCAUAAACGAGCACAAACCGUUGGUUGAGAAGCUCAAUAAGACCGGUGAGGCGCUUAUGAAGCUUUGCAACGACGAGGAAGGCGCCAAAGUACAAGAUAUUCUUGACAACGACAACGCUCGUUACGCAGCACUCCGUGCUGAAUUACGGGCUCGCCAACAAACUCUCGAGCAAGCUCUUCAAGAGUCGUCACAAUUCUCGGACAAGCUUGAGGGUAUGCUGCGAGCUUUGUCGUCCACCGCUGACCAAGUCAACGGAGUCGAACCUGUCAGUGCCCAUCCACCGCGUUUGCGCGAUCAGAUGGAAGAAAAUGCUGCUUUGGCCGAAGAUCUGGCACAGAGGAGCGAGGCUUAUGCCGCGGUUAAAAAAGCCGCUGACGACGUCAUCAGCAAAGCCGGCAAUCGGGCUGAUCCAGCGGUCAAAGAUAUCAAACGUAAAUUGGAAAAACUCAACAAAUUAUGGGCCGAUGUGCAAAAAGCGACGACUGACCGUGGCCACACACUCGACGACACUCUUGCCGUGGCUGAGAAAUUCUGGUCCGAAUUGAAUGGCGUCAUGGCCACCCUCAGGGAACUCCAGGAUGCACUCGCUGGUCAAGCUCCACCGGCUGCUCAACCCGAUGCAAUCCAACAGCAACAGGUCGCUUUGCAAGAAAUUCGUCAAGAGAUCGAUCAAACGAAACCAGACGUUGAACAAGUCCGCCAAUCGGGACACGAACUGAUGGGUCUUUGCGGCGAGCCCGAUAAACCGGAAGUACGAAAGCACAUCGAAGAUCUCGAUCAAGCUUGGGACAAUGUCACCGCUCUUUAUGCAAGGCGCGAAGAGAAUCUCAUCGACGCUAUGGAAAAAGCCAUGGAAUUCCACGAAACUCUACAAAAUUUGUUAGAAUUCUUGCAAGAGGCCGAAGACAAAUUCGCUGAUAUGGGUAUGCUCGGUAGCGAUAUUGACGAAGUCAAAAAACAAAUCAAACAACUCGCGCGGUUCAAGGCCGAAGUCGAUCCUCAUAUGGUCAAGGUUGAGGCUCUUAACAGGAGUCUGACAAGACAAGCGGCUGAAUUGACGGAAAGAACAUCGUCCGAGCAAGCUGCAGCGAUCAAGGAGCCUCUUGGAGCGGUGAAUCGUCGUUGGGAUGGAUUGCUUCGAGGGGUGGUCGAGCGUCAACGUUUGUUGGAGAACGCGUUGCUCCGUCUCGGUCAAUUCCAGCACGCGUUGGAUGAGCUUCUCGUUUGGAUCGACAACACGGACAGGACAUUGGACGAGCUGAAACCGGUUGCUGGUGAUCCUCAAGUGAUUGAAGUUGAAUUGGCCAAGUUGAAGGUUCUGGUGAAUGAUAUACAGGCUCAUCAGACGAGCGUAGAUACGCUGAACGAUGCGGGUAGACAACUAAUCGAGGACGGCAAAGGUACAGCCGAGGCAUCGACAACGGCUGAAAAAUUAGGAACGCUGAAUCGUCGUUGGCGCGAUUUGUUGCAACGAGCUGCAGAUCGUCAGCGGGAAUUGGAGGACGCAUUGCGCGAAGCACAAUCAUUCACAGCUGAAAUACAAGAUUUACUCUCGUGGUUGGGUGACGUUGACAGCAUGAUCGUGGCCUCGAAACCGGUUGGAGGUCUUCCGGAAACAGCAUCCGAACAAUUGGAACGCUUCAUGGAAGUUUAUAACGAGCUCGAGCUGAAUCGUCCUAAGGUAGAGACGGUUUUGCAGCAGGGACAGGAAUAUUUGAAACGCGCCGGAGCCUCCAGCGCUGGCAGUCUCAAUCACAAUUUACGGAAUCUCAAACAACGAUGGGACAGCGUAACUGCCCGUGCUAGCGACAAGAAGAUCAAGCUUGAAAUAGCCUUGAAAGAAGCUACCGAGUUUCAUGAUGCCCUGCAAGCGUUUGUCGAUUGGCUUACGAAUGCUGAAAAAAUACUUACUAAUUUGAAACCCGUGUCGCGCGUCAUGGAAACGAUAUUAGGACAAAUCGAAGAGCACAAAACAUUCCAAAAAGACGUUGGCGUACAUCGCGAAACAAUGCUCAAUCUUGACAAGAAAGGCACCCAUUUGCGUUAUUUCUCGCAGAAGCAAGAUGUUAUAUUGAUCAAAAAUUUGAUGAUAAGCGUACAACAUCGGUGGGAACGCGUUGUAUCGAAAUCGGCUGAGAGAACGAGAGCCUUGGAUCACGGCUACAAAGAGGCCCGAGAGUUCCAUGAUUCUUGGUCGAAUCUGAUGAACUGGCUCGAAGAAACGGAAAGAACUUUGGACGACAUGGCGGCGGACGGUGUAGGUGGCAACGAUCCGGAGAAAAUUAAAUUCCGUUUGAACAAACAUCGUGAAGUGCAAAAGGCGCUCAGUGCUAAACAAGGAAAUUACGAUACGACCAUGAAAAAUGGUAAAACGCUCAAAGACAAAGCGCCGAAGAGUGACGAGCCAGCGCUCAAAGAAUUGCUCAAUGAAUUGAAGAACAAAUGGACGACCGUUUGUGGCAAGAGCGUCGAUCGUCAACGUAAACUCGAGGAGGCACUUUUGUUCUCCGGACAAUUUAAGGACGCGAUACAGGCGCUUCUCGAUUGGCUGCGAAAGACCGAGAAACAAUUGGCAAACCCAGGACCGUUGCACGGUGAUCUCGAUACGGUUAUGAAUCUCGUUGAUCAGCAUAAAUCGUUUGAAGAGGAUUUAGAAUCGAGAGCAUCGCAAAUGGAAUCUGUUAUCAGAACCGGUCGCGAACUCGAGUCUAAAGCCACCAUCGAGGAUGCCUCGACUAUCAGAACACAAGUUUCCGAAGUAACUGCGCUUUGGGACACCGUCACACGUUUGUCCUCCAAGAAAACUGCCAAACUCGAAGAAGCACUUCGCGAUGCCGAACGACUUCACAAAUCCGUUCAUGUGCUCCUCGAAUGGCUCAGCGAUGCUGAAAUGAAAUUAAGAUUUGCCGGACAAUUACCCGAGGACGAACAGGAAAGCAGAAAUCAAUUGAUGGAACAUGAGAAAUUCUUGCGCGAACUCGAGGCCAAGGAAUUCGAGAAGAACAAUACACUCGAAUUGGCACAUGCGGUACUCGCCAAAGCUCAUCCUGAUGGCGCGGCUGUAAUUAAACACUGGAUUACAAUUAUACAAUCGAGAUGGGAAGAAGUUUCCACUUGGGCUCAUCAGAGAAACCAAAGGCUUGAGAACCACAUGCAGGGACUUCAGGAUCUCGACAAUCUACUCGAAGAAUUGCUUGCCUGGUUGGAGGGUCUGACCAACACAUUAACGGCUCUGGAAGCUGAACCGUUACCCGACGAUCGUGUAACAUUGGAAGAGCUGAUAACCGAUCAUCGCGAAUUCAUGGAGAAUACGAGUCGUCGACAGAAUGAUGUCGAUCGCGUAUGCAAAGCGCGACAGGUCAAAUCGGUCAAGGAUUCUCGUAAAAUGUCCAAGACUAAAACACCGGGACAAAUUAAGGACUAUCAGGACAAUGAUCACGAUCAGCCGCUCCGUAAGCAAAGCUUCAAAGGCAGCCGCGAUCUCUUGCAAUCCCGACGUGGAAGCCGCGCCAGCCCGGGUCGUGAGAGAACUCCAGAUCCUUCAUUGCCGCACAUUGGCCCACGCUUCCCACCCAAAGGAAGCAAAGGGGCAGAGCCAGAAUUCAGAAAUCCGCGAGUUCGUCUUCUCUGGGACCGUUGGCGUCAUGUUUGGAUGCUCGCGUGGGAACGUCAACGUCGUCUCCAAGACAAACUCAAUUACAUACAGGAGCUUGAUCGCGUUGCUAACUUCAGCUGGGACGAUUGGCGCAAGAGGUUCUUGAAGUUCAUGAACCACAAGAAGUCCAGAUUGACAGAUCUCUUCAGAAAGAUGGACAAGAACAACGACGGCUUGAUUCCGAGGGAUGAUUUUAUUCAAGGAAUUAUGAAUACCAAAUUCGAAACUUCCCGUUUGGAAAUGGGUGCGGUCGCUGAUCUCUUCGAUCGUCAUGGCGAAGGUCUGAUAGAUUGGAAAGAAUUUAUAGCCGCCCUUCGUCCCGACUGGGAGGAAAGACGAACGCACAACGACACCGAUAAGAUUCACGACGAAGUCAAACGCCUUGUUAUGCUCUGCACGUGUAGACAGAAAUUCCGGGUAUUCCAGGUCGGCGAAGGAAAAUACCGAUUCGGUGACAGCCAAAAACUGCGUUUGGUCCGUAUUCUUCGAUCAACCGUGAUGGUGAGAGUCGGUGGUGGAUGGGUGGCUCUCGACGAGUUUCUCCUCAAAAACGAUCCCUGUCGCGUCUUUCUAAUGCCAAUACCGGAUCCUAACAAACCGGAACAACAUGAGGGUUGGUGUCCGCUCGCCAAGGGAAGAACGAAUAUUGAGCUGCGGGAACAAUUCAUAUUGGCGGAUGGUGUCACCCAGACAAUGACGGCGUUCAGAUCCAAACCGAGCCCGAACUCGACUCUACAACGUUCGCAAAUGUCCUCGGCAGGUCCAAUCACAAAGGUGAGAGAACGAAGUGCUCGAAGUGUGCCCAUGGGACAAACGAGAGCUUCGCGGUCCUCCUUGAGCGCCGGGACACCCGAUAGUCUCAGCGAUAAUGAAAGCUCAUUCAGAUUGCCCGCCAGGAAAACCAGCACGCCUUACAGAAGUACUCUCACUCCAGGCGGCAGCCGUCCGUCGAGCCGACCUGCUUCGAGACCUGCUUCGAGGCCAGCUUCACGGCAAGGAAGUAAACCUCCUAGUCGAUACGGCUCCACGCAGUCACUAGAUAGCACAGAUGAGUCAGGUACUCCGAGUCGUAUACCUCGAAGGACGCUUGGAACGACCGGAACGACACCAACUUCCAGUCGCCACAACAGUGUUUCCGGUAAACGGUUGGCUACCCCAGUCAACGGCUCGAGUUCUCGGCCUCGUACACCGACGGGACUUGUUAGUCCAGCGAGCGGAGUUCCCACAAGGUUUGGCUCGAUCUAUCGAACUUCGAGCAUACCAACCCUGUCAGGUGUCGGAACACCGAUUAGCCGCUCUCGGAUUCCUGUGUACGUUGGACCGGAUAUUAAAUCCCCACAGUCUACUACGAGCAAUAUUUCGACUCAUUCCACACAAAGCAACCAUUCUACAAUUUCUACUGACUCCACCGGGGGCAGCUCGGCUUAUACGAGCUCAGCAACUAACAUCCCAACGGCAAUUAGAGCUAGAACGCGAACGCCAUCGAGCGGUUCGAGUACGCCUCUACCACCGGGUUCGAAACUCACAAGAAAACCGUCAGGAGCGUCUGAUACAUCGGUAUCGAAUACGACGCCAUCGUCACGAAAAGGAAAGCCAACUCCAAUCGAUCAAAGGGCGCCGUUCAGAUUGUAAUCCGUCGGUGUGAUUGAUCGACGAGAAGAAAAAAAAUUACUGCAGCCAACAAAAAAAGAGCCUUUAAAAAGCAUUUGGACGUAAGGAUAAAAAAGCCUCGUCAACCAAGUCAGCUUUCUCACAAUUGUAAUAGAAAUCUUGCAAUAUUAAAAAACAAACAAACAAAUUUACAUAAAUGAAAAUCGUAAAAUGAACGUAAGUGUCGCUUUUGAUAAAAACAUAGGAAGAAAAACAAUACGCAUAUUUGUCCUCUGAUAUCCACCGGCUCAUAAAUUCUCAAUUUUUUUGACACUUUUUAUUGUCUUGUCUUAUCAUUGAAUGGCCGUAAUUGCAUAUAUAGAAUAAACAUGAAAAUAGAAGGCAUUUACAAACUAUCGGUGGAUAUAUUUGUUUCUCGUAAUCGAAUGAUGAAUCCGUAUACACAUAAAUAAAUAUAUAUAUAUAUAUAUAUAUACAUAUAUGGACAGUGUUCAACUUAAUUGAAGUAUUCAAUAAAAUUGUUAAACGAGAGUCUCUCUACGAGAAGAGUGCCUCCCUCGUAAACGCGUGUGUCACUGAGUGGCACUCACCCUAUGAACAAGUAUUUGAAGAUAUAUCUUUCGUGGAUUUCCCACGUGGGAAAAAAAAGAGAUGAAAGCAAAAUGAAAGAUUUCUAUCACUGAGCAAACAAACGCCGACGAUUUCUGUGUUUCGUUGGCCUUUUUUCUGGAUAAACUGAAGAAUGUUGGUGAAAUAAUAAUAUUAAGUAUUGAGAAAGAAAGGCAAAUGCUUAUUUUGACAGGCAUUGUCGAAUAUUGAUCAUGAUUUGUAUGCCAUUCUUUAUAUUUAAAAAAUAUAUAUUUCCACAAUCGAACGAAAUGAAAGGUGACACGAGAAUAUCAUCUCGUACACGAAACAAGUGAAGCACGAUUCUUUUUUUCUCUUUUUCGUUUAUUUUGUUUUUCUUUUCUCAUUUCUUUCGUUCUUAGAGAUAUAUUUUAUAAUGGUCGAUUAAUUGUAGUUAGCGGGGGAAAGUCGUGAUGGUUCGGUGGUUCGGCAAGUAAAGUUUCCGGUUCGGGGUAUAAAUAAUGACAUCAUAUUGACGGGGAACUUUUUUUGCUCUUCGCACUCGAAUCCUCUCGUGUUUCCUCUAUUGUUACGAAUUUUAAUAUAUUAAAAGAGAAAAACAAAUGUAAUGAAAAUAAAAAAAUAAACAUGAAGCAAAUGAUAACUACAAUUGGCACACUCGCGUUCAUAAAUGAGAAAUAUUUAACGUAUUAUUUGCGCGAUAUUCUAGAUAUACUCGUUUUUAUAAAAACACAAUAAUAAUACGAUUAACGACUCUUGCGUGUAGGAGUUGGAGGUAUAUAAAUAUAUAUAUAAAUAAAUAUAUAUGUUUAUGCGAGUUUCUCAGUAGAUCGUUAUUUAAUACAAUUUUAAUUUAAUCUCUUUUUUCUUUCUAUUUGUUUUUGUCUUGUUUUCUUUGCUCCUUGAAAAGGACACAACACACAUGCUUCGAGUAUAAAAAUAUAUCUAUUACUCGUUUUCUUUUUUAUUUACUUUAUUUCGCUAGCUUUUAUUUUUUCCCUCGAAUGUUCAAGUAAAACAGAAGAAAAAGUACGUGGAAAAAACGACAGGAGAACAUAUUGUGUAAAUAUUGGUUCGUUCUCUUGCACAUUCAAAUAUCGAAAAAAAAGAAAAAAAAGCCUCAUUUUUUCCAUUUAUUUUUGGGGAAUCGAAGACUCGAAUGCAAGUACGCCAAGUGGCGGAAAUGUUACAAACAAAUCAAACUUAGUCUUACGUUCAUAUGGCACAAAUCAUGUACGCGAUUUAUGUUUCCAUUCUUUUUGUACACCCUCACCUUGGCAUGUGUAUGACGUGAUUUUUCAUUGCCGUGUCGUUCAAGUGGCAAAGAACUUGAUGUAUUUUCUUUUCUAGUAAAAUACCUCAAGACAAAUAUUUCGUUAAUAAGGGAAGAAUAACGAACGAAAAAGAAAAACUAACUAACAGAACCUCGGUCUGGGAACGAGAUUCCCGUCUGACGAGGUCAACUAAAAGACAAUUCCAAUCUUUUUAUUUUUCUUCUUCGUUUUUAUUUUUAUUUAAGAAUGCAAUUAAUUGCAGCUGACAGAUUUUUCUGUUACCGAAUAUUAUCUUCUAAUGCGAUUAAUGUAUUAACAAUUUAUACGAUAAAAAUUGGUUCGCCUCAUUGUAAAAUUCUGUAUCGUCGCUAAUAACGCUGUGAAAAAUAUACAUACAUAUAUAUUAUAUAUAUACAUUGAUAUAUAUAUAUAUAUAUAUUCAAACCAUUAA